UGCAAACCGGGGGAGGGGGAGGCAAAGGAGCUGCGUGGUUGCCUCUUCUCAGCCAAGGAGGCAAAUGACAAAUCUGUUGUCUGAAGUGGGAGGGGGGCGCGGAGAGGCGUUUUUCCUAUUUUCCAGCUAUUUUUACAAUGGCUAGAGAAGGAAGUGCUGACCUUUGACUGCAACCUGCUUCUCUGCAUUCAAAAGGUCACAUAGCUCUUCCCCCUCCCCUAAGGGCUUUCCUUAUCCAUCAGGGUCUUUGCAACAAUUAGUCAGGCAGAGGGAUUGACAAAAAGACUCUUGCUGUGUCCAAAAAACUUGCAGAUGGGCAGAUGGGGGGGUGAGCAAACCAUUGUUGUGCCUCACGCACAUACACACCCCUUGCAGCAGGAGGCUCCUGGGGGAGUCAAGCAAGGGGGUCUUGGGUCUGCAACCCUCAUGCCUGCAUUUCCAAGGACAGUAUCCUGAAGCCCCCAAAGCCUCUUCUGGAGAUCCAGUUUGUGCUCGGCCCAAAGAGGGGAACAGAACAGGCUCCUCUUUUGCUGAUGCAGCCAACCUCAGUGUGAACAACGGUGUGAACAUCUACAUGAAAAUGAAGCUGAUUGACUACCACUCUGGGCCCUCUUAAUUGACUGAGUCAGUGGCCUGGUUGGCUCACCAUGAGCCAAUCUGGCUGUAAUUGCCCCCCUGGGCUGUCUUUGGUUUGGGAACUGGAAGAAUUAGUCAGACCCUCCCCUGGGUGGGGGGCAGUGCUUUCCUCUGACCUAUCUUCAAGAGCCAGUUACCCAUCUUAUCCAGCCUGGGGGUGAGGCGGGGAAAAUGGCCAGGGUCAUCUGCUAGGGAAGAAGCCAUGGGUUCAGCAACAGAGAGACCCCUGGAUGGGGCUGAAUACGGGCAGAAUGCCUUAUUUUACAGAAGGACUUCAUAAGCAUAUUUAGAUGGAUCAGUUACAAACCUGAGCCAGCUGCAUUAACGCAACAGAGCCAGCUUGGCAUAGUUUUGGAGGGGUCUCAGUGAAUGGGCCCCCACCACUGGAUUUUGUUUCUGAUUGAGUGGUUUAUGUGAACCCAGAGAAUAGCCAGCGUAAGAACACUAAGUUAAACUCUGUAUUGGUUAUCCAGUCAUUUGGAUCACAAGCAAUCACAAGCUUUCUUGUAUUCACUGAGCCUUAACAGUCUGGGCACCAAGACUGUUGAGGUCUCUGGGCACCAAGCUGGGAAAGGCCAAGCUGGAAAACAGAGCAAGAAAAUAGCCUGCAGAAGUGUGGAUGAGGGCAAGUCAGAGGGAAGGGGGAGAGAGGUCCUUUGAUGGCACUGUUCCGCCUUGAGUUUUGAGGGCAAAUUCCUGGAGGUCUGAGUAGGGAUCUCAGUUGUCCAGCAAAUGCCAAGCAGUAGCCAGAAUAGGGAGUCCUUUUGGAGCAUUUUCUCGUGUUCAGAACAUUUUGUAAACCAGAUUAGAUCAGCCUUGUUUUCUCCUUGGCAAAGCGAAGGGGGAGGAGUGUUUUGUGGCUCCUGCUGUGAAUGCACCACAGUUCUGAGGGUGUCAUAGCUCAGCUCUUCCCUAUUGAAAAGCAUCCGGCUCCCCAAAAGAGCACCCCAAGAGGAUGGGCAUGACUCGUGUCUAGCGCUCCACAGCGCUGGACUAGGAAUGACAGGCUGGAGUAAGGCAGAUUCCAACUGAACGUUGGGGAAAAGAUUCUCAACAGGAAGGGCAGGUUGAGAGCUGAGCCGAUUUCCCAGGGAGUCCAUGGUGUCCCCUUCCUGGAUGGGUCCAAGGAGAGGCCAGACAGUCAUUUGUCAUGGGUGCUGGCCUGUGGACUGAGCCCAAGGGUGGGCUCGCUGACCUUAAAGGGCCUUUCUCAGAUUGAUUCUGAGAUCACGGAUCCAACACAAAAACUCAGAGGGAGCCUAAGAAGCAGCAGAUGAGCAGCUUUUUCCACUAAGCAAUUAUUAAAAGGUAUCAGCUGCCCAGUUUCUCCUGCUCUUGGACCACCACAGACUGACGUGGCUCUCCUCUUUGCCAGUCUUUGGACAUGCUGGAUGAGGUUGUGUCUGUUGCGCCCAGAGUGGUGAAUUGGGAGAGGCUGACCCUGUCAUUUGAAGACUUUGCCUCUCUCUCUGAGAAGCACUGGCUCCCCUUCCAUGGGCAUCUCUUUGGGUUAGGAUCUCUCUCAUCCAAGGCAAGAUGGUCAGCUCCAGUCAGGACAUUCCUGUAUCUGCUGGAGAUUCUCUCUGGAGGAGCUUGGUGGCGUAACUGAUUUUUUUUACCCUUCUUGCCUAUUUUUGGCUUCAGUAGUUGUCCAGCUUGAUUAUGGAGAAAAUAACCAAUAUGCAGAGAAAGCCAAGGAAGGGAAUCUGAGGGCUCAGUGAUGUGGGACUUUGGGUGCCUUGAAAGCUAUUUCUGGGCCCUCUUCCCAGGUCUUCCCUACCUGUCACAGAAGUCUGUACAAAAUGCCACCGGGAGGGACCCAAACACUUAUAGCAAAAUGACACCUCAAGCAAAGUGGUGUUUGUUUUUAAAAGCACCGUGUCUAACUGUAACUCAGAGAAACCCAGGAUUUUAAAGGCAAGACAAAACUGCAUUCUUACCAGACCUUUUGUUCAUUCUCUUACGUGGAAUUAUGCAAAUGGCCACUCCUUUACAACCUGUUACGGUUCCUGAAGCAAAAUUAAGAAAAUCAGUCCAGCAUAGAAAAUGCAUGGGUCAAACAAGAAAGGGUAGGGGAUUGGCGGAGCUGCAUCCCAGUGGUGGUCAUGCCUAUGGGGUUGUGCUUGCCUUCCAAGGGUGGACAAGCACACCUGUGCCAAGAAGGACGAUGGGCAAAACAGCGUGGAACCUGGCAGCCAUUCUAGGCAUAUUAAAUAGCACAGUGAUCUCAGAUGCUGAUGAGGAACUGGAAGGCAGCCCAGAGAGAUGGGCAUGACGGUCCAUCAGGUGAACUAUUGACUUCCAGAUACUGAAGGUAUGGAGACAGCGAGAGCAGGAUUGGCAUCUGAAGCAGUGGCCCAGAGAGCCUGCUUGACAUGCUGGUUGGAACAGCUGACCGCAUCUAAGCUGCAUAUCUGUUUGCCUUCAUGGGUGGGAAGUAGGACCUGUGGGAGUUCCUUGGAAAAGGGCAGUUCCCCUCCCCCUCCUAUAUAUACACAUAGAUGCCUUCUUAACAAAUAAACACUUCUCAUUCCAGUCUUUCGGCAGAAAGCUGCAUUGCAAAUCAAGUAAGCUUCCAGUUCUGAAAGAGGUUCUCCUAGUUUUCUGCUCAGGUAGGGCUACAGGCCUCUUUCCAUUUUGCUUUUUCUUGUAGCACAGGUGAGAGCCUGCAAAUUCAAUUAGCCAGACCUUUUAUCUUGCAGACCUUUUUUGCAAGAUCCGUAAAGAGCCUGAGGAUUCAGAGGUGGUAGUUCCUCCAGUCCCAUAAGACGUUCUGUAAGGUUUUUUGAGGAUUGCCUGCUCUGUUUUGGAUGUUGAGCACAAUCUUAGAUGAUUUGCAAGUUAAGCUUAAGCUCCUGUGAAUCCACCAUGCUUUUCUUUAUAUUGCCGAUCAAUUCAGUGCUUCAUAUAUUUGACCUGAAGAGUGUUGGGUACAGACAUAGCAGCAAUGAGAGGAGUCAUUGUGGCUAUCAAGACUAACUCGCUGUUUGGUGAGAGAGUCCCUGUUGAAGCAUGCUUGACAGAGGUUGGUGCAGCUUCUGCUUAACUGCACCCAGUGAAGGAGAGCCAUCCCUCCCCUGAAAAAUUGGCUGCCCCAUCCUUGGUUCCGUUGAAAACAGGCUUUGCAAGUUAGGAUCAAGCAGACUUUCAAAAUGGCAGCAACCUCUUUCCUGGAGCUGCAGGGACCAUCAGAAGGGGGUCCCUGUGGCGGCUUUUGCUUGGUCAUAACAGAGAGCAGGGAGAUGUUUGCUGCUGCUGCUGUUGCAGGGGUCAAUCUCGCAACAAUGCAGCAGUUGCCAUGACAGCCACAGCAUCCGUUGCCAUGCGCAACAGAGGAAGGGGACAGUGAAAUGGCUGCUGUUCCUUUUCUGCCCUCUGAAGAUCAUCCACCAGGUAUCCAGUCUGGGAGAGAGGAGGAGGAAUCUGAGGGUGCAAAGCAGCCAUCCCUCAGCCGAGCCUCAAAGAACAACUCUUGUUUCCACCUCCUUAGACUUUGCCAGAGCAGACAGUGGUUCCCACAAAACUGGUCAGAGAGAGCCCUCUGAGAUCCUGGUUAAGGAGUGGGAGGAGGUGGGUCUAAAUCCCCCCUGACUUUGGCCACUCGGUGCCUCUUGAUCCAGCCUACUUUGCAGGGUUGUUGCCUGGGAAAAAUGGGAAACCAAAGUGUGGUGUCCAGCGCCUGGCAAAAAGGUGGGAUAAAAAAACCCUGCCCCUCUCCCGGAUAAAGAGGUUCUGGACGAAAUCCAGUAGAGCUAAAGAGACGCAUGGAAUGCAUAAGAGCAGCUAAGACUUUUAUGAAGACUGGCCUGUCCAGUACAGUGUAACUUAUUUAUAUCUGUUUUUGUACUUAUAAAAUAGACUUUCCAAGAGAUUUAAAGCUGGUUAAUUUAUGUUUGGAAACUUCAUUUGUCUCUUUCCCCCCUCCCCCAAUUCUACUAUUACACUUUCUUGGUCAUUCACUUGCUGGACCCACACAGGGUUAAAUCUGUGUAGGACUGAGUGAAGCUGAGUCUUGGAUCCUGUCUCUUUAACAGCAAGUCCUGGGUUGCACAAAGCAAUGAAAAGACGCCUGUCUCUGUGUCGGGGCAUAGACAGAUUGUGUAUCAUAGGUAGACAAGUCAAAUGUUGGCCACAAAUAAACUGUUCUGACUUGCAGCAGUUCAGGUUUUGGCCUGGAAUGUUUUCCUCCUGUUUGGCAGCCUGAUAGAUUAUUAGUUUAUUUUAUUUUUAUUAUUUUGUUUUAUUUUACUUUAUUUUAUUAUUUAUUUUAUCUUUAUUUUACUUUAUUAUUUAUUUUUUGGAAAAAGAUUAGAUUUCUUCCUCGCAAUGCCUUUGCAAAAUGGCUGAACUGGUGAUACCUGCAGUAGGUGUCGGCCUCACCACAAAUUUUGGUUGCUAAGCAAGGUGGUCCUUAAGUGAGUCACACACGGUUUUACAGUUUUUUGCCAUGGCCGUUAAGUGGAUCACAACCAUUGUGAAGGGAAUCCCGCUUCCCCCAUUCCCUUUGCUUGUGGGAAGCUGGCGGGGAAGGUUGCAAGUGGUGAUCAGGUGGCUCGGGUGCCGAGACUACCCUAAGUACAUGCCAGUUGCCAGCACCCAAAUUUUGGUCCCGUGAUCCUGGGGAGGCUGCGGGGGUCAUAAGUGUGAGGAAUGGUUGUAAGUCACUUUUUUCAGUGCCAUUGCAGGUUCAAACGGUCACCAAAUGAAUGGUUGUAAGUCUGCAAAUGUACCUGCAUUGCCCAAAAUGUCAGGCAGCAAAUCAUAAAACUCGUCCUCACAAGACAGGGCGGUUGCCCUAGUAAAGGCACAACCAUUAUUAGGCAUGGUGAUGAAACAUCCAAGUUCAGGGGCAGUAUAUCUUCAGAUCUCACUUACUGCAGAACCAUCGCAAGGAGAAACUGUUUGGGUCACAUUUUACUGCUGAACCACAGGGGCUGGGCACCAAGAAGUGGCGUUUCUUGGGACAGUCUUUGGUCUGCAGACCAAAUUCCUCUUUACGCCCAUCUGCGUAGCUCGCCUGUGGCUGGGGACUUGUGGAAGGUGCAUAAAAUGAGCUAUUAUGGUCCACGGUGGCUGGCAAAGAAGGAAUUAUGAUUCUCAGUACCAGUUGGCACAAGGGCUUCCGGGCCCUAUCAGGAGCUGACCAGAAAAACAAGAUUUCCUCUCCUGGCCCUUCACUUCCCUGGAGGUCAGAAGGAAUGUGCCUUUCGAGAGAGAGAAGGGUAAAUACAUUAAGCGCUGAGUUGUCAGUUCCUUGGCAUUGAAAGGAGAGCGUGGAAGAGAAACUGAACCCAGAAGUGGAGACAGCAGUUUAGCAGCAGUUUCCUUUUGCAAAGGGGGCACCAUCCCUCUGUGCCAAUGCCCUCACUUGACCCCCCAAGCGUUUGGCUUGCAGGGGGCUUGGAGGCUACUGGGCCUUUCUCCCAGGGAGCUGUCUAGUCUACUGGCGGGAGGGUGCGAGGAGGAAGCCUGAAGGCUUUGCUGACCACAGCCUCCCAGCCAGGCACCCUGGCCAGUGGGGAGAGGGCUGCGGGGCUGCAGGUCCCCAAAAGGACUAGGGGUGACAUGAUAGGAAUGUUGCAAUACUUGAGCGGCUACAAAGAAGAGGGGUUCAAUUAUUUUUGAAAGCACCAGGUGACAAGACAAGAAACAAUGGGCGGAAGCCAAUCAAGGAGAGAAGCAACCUGGAAUUAAACUUCCUGACAAUUAACCAGUGGAACAAUUAACCAGUGGAACUCCUUGCCACCAGAAGUUGCGGGUGCUCCAUCACUGGAGGCUUUUAAGAAGAGACUGGACAGCCACUUGUCUGGAAUGGUAUAGGGUCUCCUGCUUGUGCAGGGGCUGGGCUCAAAGAUCUUCAAGCUCUGUUAUUGUAUAAAUUAGUAGCAAAAUGUUCAUUUAUUUCUUCUACUUGAUUGGAUGGCCUGUAGUAUAUACCUAUGACAACAUCUUUCUUUUUUCCUUUUCUGUUAACCAAAUGCAUUCAUUCUUGGUAUUGUGUCCUGUUUUAUAUCAGAGUUCCUCUUCCUUCUCACCUCUCCUUAUCUCUUCGUUUGAUUGGUUGUCAGGUGACUUGCUGAAGUUGGCAAUGCUGUUGUUCAACCUCAAAGAACUAUUUGCCGCCCAAAUGCUGAAGAUCAGUUUUGCUUUUCUCUCUGUGUCAUUGUUCAGAUGGCAAACCUAAUAAUCUUACGCCACUGAAGAUGUUAUCUAGCUUGGUAACGAAACGCUUGGAAAGUCUUUAUUUCCAUGAUUUUUUUGUUUGUUAAAAAUUAAAAUGUUCUAAAAAUUAAUAUUUCCCUGUUGCAAUGUGUCAGUUUACAAUAAUUUACAAAUGUUUUUGACCCUUUGUUGAAAAAUUCAUAACUAUCUUCCCUGUUUUAAAUGUCUGUCUCUUUUUCUGUGAUUUUUUAAUUUUUUCCUUUUAGAUCAUUAAGAAUUUAAAAAUUUCUAAAGAAUAAAGUAAGUAAACUGUUUUUCCCGCCAAAUGUUUAGUUGAAAAAGAAAUUGAAAAAUUGAAAAAAAGAAACGCAGUUCCAUUGGCUUAAUUCUAGAAUAAUGUAGACUGUUGGCUUCAUAUAGGUAAUCCUUCUGGCAUGUCUAUCUCCCGGUGUUAGUGAAUCACCGUUUGGCUCCCUUUUGUUAUGAAAUAUGCAGCACCAUCAGAGGAACAGUCCUUCGGGAAAAUGAAGGGGUAUAUUCUAUCCCAUGCAGCUUUAUGACCCAGAGUGGGCACAUGACAGAGGGAGGGAGCCAGAGGCAACUGAAGACUGUGCCAGGAAAGUGGCAUGGCUAGCACCUUUCUCUUUCCAGAAGUCACAAUGGGGAAGCACAACAGCAAGUUGGCUCCAGAGAUGCUGGAUGACCUGGUGAGAAGCACUGAAUUUAAUGAGCAGGAGCUGAAACAAUGGUACAAGGGCUUUCUGAAAGACUGCCCCACAGGCAUUCUCAACUUGGAGGAAUUCCAGCAACUCUACAUCAAGUUUUUUCCCUAUGGUGACGCAUCCAAGUUUGCCCAGCAUGCUUUCCGCACGUUUGACAAGAACGGAGAUGGGACCAUUGACUUCCGGGAGUUCAUUUGCGCUCUGUCCGUCACUUCCAGGGGCAGCUUUGAACAAAAGUUGAAUUGGGCCUUCGAGAUGUAUGACUUGGAUGGGGAUGGGAAGAUCACACGCUUAGAGAUGCUAGAGAUCAUUGAGGCUAUCUACAAGAUGGUGGGUACUGUUAUUAUGAUGAGGAUGGAUCAAGAUGGGCUGACACCCCAGCAGCGGGUCGACAAGAUCUUUACCAAGAUGGAUAAGGAUAAAGAUGACCAGAUCAGCCUGGAAGAGUUCAAGGAGGCAGCCAAGAGCGACCCCUCAAUUGUCCUCCUGCUGCAGUGUGACAUGCAGAAGUAGAAGGGUUGGGGCACUAGUCAGCCCAUCCUCUGCCUGGCUGUGUGCUGUCUUUUUCUCUUUAGGGCUGCAAGCCCCCUCUUGAGGGAGGCUGCUGCCUUUGCCCAGAUGAGUCUGCAAGGGCUUGUCCCAGCACUUGCACCAGCAUAGCCAGCCCAGAUGUUGACCCUUUGGCCAGGGGCCUUAGCUUCUAAGCCAGGAGAUGUCCACCUCUAUCCACUGGGCCUACUCUGGCUGGAGCCUCUGGCCUGUGCUUCUUGGACAUGAGGUGUUCCCAAGACCUGGCAGCAAAUUUAACUUCUAAUGGGCUGCCUGAAUCCAAGAUCCAGAUGGCUACAGCUGCAAGGCCCAUUAUCUUAAAUUACUAGCUUUUGCUCUUAAGGGUAGAAAAAAACUAUAUCCCCUCCCCCCAUUGUGUCCCCCACAACAAAUCUUUACAGAAACUCUUUUGGAUGGCAGGUCUAGGGCUGUGUUUUCCACUCAGUGCCCUGAGGAUUUCCCCCCAAGCCUGAAAAGAGGAAAUAUUUCUUUUCUCUCCUUCCCCCCAUCACUUCUUCACUACCAGAUGCAACUGUUUUUGGCCAGGGGGAGCCUGUGGUUUCUUUUUGGAAAUAAAAAAAAAAAUCCUGUACCUCCCCCCCCCCCUUUAGACCAGGGGUCUCCAAACUUGGCAACUUUAAGACUUGUGGACUUCAACUUCAGAAUUGAAGAAUUGGCUGGGGCUUUGACUGGCUGGGGAAUUCUGGGAGUUGAAGUCCAUUAGUCUUAAAGUUGCCAAGUUUGGAAAUCCCUGCUUUAGACCAUUGUUCCCUGCACAAAUCCACCCUCUGGAUCUCUAAUUAAAUUCCCACCUCCAGCCAGCCAAAAGGGCCUGACUGGGGAUGGGGGAGCUGUAUUCCCACACCUUUGGAAAGAUUUGGUUGGGGAGGGCUGAUUGAGAUUCCUGCUCUCCAUCUUUGGAGGCAGAGGGACACUGUUACAGCGCUUGCUAAAAAGUAUAUUUCUGUACUAAUCUUAUCGUAUGUAAAAGUACAGGUUGUUUUCAUUUUUGCUUCUGCCAAUAAUUCAUUGUAAUAAUUAAUGGGCUCUGAAGAUGGAAGAGGCACUGGCUUUCCCCAAAAGCCAGGGAUGGUGCUGAUAAACUCCUAUUGGUGGAGAUUGCAGGAGCCUCAGUCUGGAGGGCCCCCAGAAAGAUUAUUCUUGGGUGGCCAGUGGAUUAAAAAUAAACUGUUGGUGCAAGCAAAGGGCACCAGAGGGGACUUUCAAUGAGCCUUGCCAGAGACUGGGAGUUCCAUGGAGGAAUGCUCUGUUUGGGGACAGAUGUAACCUGUGACAGACGUAAAUAAGCUGCUUUUUGUUCCUUCCAACUUGCAACCUGGGAACUAGCUGUGCUCCUAAGGGGAACAGGAAAAGGAGGUGUGGCAGGGAGCACCAGUGGUUCUGGCAACUCUGAUGCCUUUCAAUUCUUCAUUCCUUCUCUCUCUCUCUCUCUCUCUCUCUCUCUCUCUCUCUCUCUCUCUCUCUCUCUCUCUCCCCCCCCUUCCCCCCUUAGCAUUUAAGGUUUACAGCUGAGCAGACAUGCACCGUGAUUGAUGCCCCAUGACAUUUAGGGCAAAAUGUGAAUUGGCUACUCCAGAAGGCCAAGGUGAUGGUAACCUCCCUGCGAUGAAGUGUCUGGUUAGAAUGGCUAAAGGAAAAAGUACAGAGUACAGAAGUGCCAAGAAAAAGGGUGAUGAGAAUUUCAGGCAUUCUUGGGGGGGGGGAUGUCCCCCCAUCGUAAAGCAGUGGAAGGACUGGGCAAAAGGCUCAGAACAGAGCACAGUUACUGGCAGCUGUAGGUCAUUUGCUCCCCAGCAGCUUUUGCAGGGUGGAAGGUUAGCUGUGGCUUGCCAUGUGAAUCAAAGGCCUGGAGUUCAUGUGUGGAAGGAAACAAGUCAGGUCGAAUGAAACAGACUUUGUCCAGGCAGAGUUCUAGUGAAUUGCACUUUUUAUGGUGGAUGUCUUUAGUUUCUUCUUGGCAGUUCUUUGACUGGGGCAGAAGAAAUGAGGUGGGGUUGAUUUAGGGUCCCAGGAAGGUUUCAUGCGCCGCAAGGCAGCCACUGUCUGUGCCAAGGCAGUCCCUUUGGCUGCUGUGUCCCGUCCUGCCCUGAACAUUGCUCUUGGAGAUUGUCCUAUCUGCUUAUUGUGAUUGUGAGUAUUGUACUUGUUUAGGAACUGUGAGGUAGGUUGGGGAGUGUGUAUGUGUGCACACAUGUAAAUCUAUUUUUAUUUAAGUGUUCAAAGAAAUCCUCAUCCGAUGGGAGUUUGCAAUUUGGUCUCUGAAUAAAAGAAUGAUCAGUGAGCCUGGUCUGUCUCUGUGUACCAGGGAGGGGAGGGGAACUCUUGAGAGUUUCCAGUCUCACCUCUUGUGUGGCUUGCUUGCCUUUGCCACUUUCCCAGAUUGUUUGCAGUAAGAAAAUAGCUGAUGAAACUACAGGAAAAGGGGUUUGCAGGUGAAAGCUGUCAGCAUCUGGGAGCAACCCACAUGCUUGGAAAUGGCUGAAAUUAGGGAGGAGGGUGGGAGAGGGAGGAGGCACCCUGUGUUUUCAUGGAGGGCCCGGCCCCAGGCCCAGCCCCGGAUGCACCCUGGACACUCCCACUCCAGUGGCGCAGUUCCUUCGGGCCGAGAGCCACAUCACAUGCUUGGCUGAGCUCCAGCAAGGUUUUGGAGCCCGAGCAAAAGCAAGGUUUAAUCUACUUCAAACUAAGGAAUAUUAAUUAAAAGCAGUUGGCAUAUUUAUACUUUUCUGCCAUAUUAAAAAUCACAGUCUGUUGGGCCUCUGUUGGCAGCCAGCAGUUGUCAUAAGGGCAGCCAAUGUGGUUUUCACAAAGGGCAUGCACUUUAGCUAUGCACUUUGGGAUGAAAAGCCUUCGAAUGGUGAGAGUAUGAACGGAUUUCCAGAAAACCUUGCAAACUAUGGGAACCAUUUGCACUUCAGUUUGAGAUGCAGACGUCACAGAUUCAUCCCCAAGAGCCUGUGCCUAUUUUCAACAGUGAAAGGACCCAAGGUAGAAGACAUCCUGCAGCCAAGAAGGCUCCACACACAUUUACACAGGUAAACCUCCAAAAUGGCCCCAAGGACUGGCUAAAGGAAUGCAAAGGACCAUCUGUCUGCAAGCAAUAUAAAUCCUCCCACUCCCCAACAUCUAGUCAGAGCUGAAGAAGCUUCUUGGAUGAGAAGCGAAACAUCUUCAAAAGAAACAUAAGAAAGUCCAGUUGUUUCUGGAAGAUCUGGGCCUUCUCCCAGGCAGCUAGUCUCACAGGCUGGUUGGAUGCUGACGAGGUGGACCGAGGGCCUAUUCCAGCCUUAGCACCUUUCCAAUGUUCUUAUCUAUAGGUAGUCCUCAACUUACCAUUCGUUUAGUGACUGUUCAAAACUACAACAGCAAUGAAAAAAGUGACUUACGACCAUUUUUCACAUUUACAACCGUUGCAACAUCUCCAUGGUCACAUGAUAGAAACUCGGAUGGACCUACCAUAUGGCCACUUGGCAAUUGGCUUAUUUAUGACAGUUGCAAUGUCCCAGGUCAUGUGAUUGCCUUGUGCGACCUUCUGACAAGCAAAGUCAAUGGGGAAGCCAGAUUCAUUUCACAUCCCUGUUACUAACUUAACAACUUCGCUGAUUCACUUAUCAACUGUGGCAACAAAGAUUGUAAAAGAGGAAAACUCACUUAACAAAUGUUUUGGUUAGCAACAGAAAGCCCUAACUCAAGGACUACCUGUUCUAUGCUGCUGGGACGUCUGUUGGACAGUGACAAAGGUGGAUGGAUUGACACUCUGUUGCUUUUUUUUUUUUUUUGUGGUCCUUGCAACUCCUAUGAGAGGGACGGUAGUCGUGGGGCAGCCAGUUUGCCCAAGAACUUUAUUUACCAGGCCAGCAUCCGCACUGGACCACGGGGUUUAUGUAUAGCAAAGUGCUAUAACACAAACCUAAGAAAUGGGCUAAUUCAGAAACUAAAUGAAGUCUGGGAACUAUCAUCCUCUUGAUCAAAAUUUUGAGACAAGGACAACACUUUAAAUUCUUGAGGUUCACAAAAAUGAUACUCCUCAUCAGGUUGAAGUAAAGUCAUGUCAUUUGUGGAGUCUGUUUCUUUCACAAGUAUUUAAAAGCUAUUAAAGUAAUAUAGGUGAUGCUA